GUUGAAUUGGGCUGGUGAGGUUACGCUACCCUGUGGUACUCCGUUUUCCAGUAUGAGCGAGAACUGAUUGUCGCCAUGGCUUGAUGAUAACUUUCUCUAACUAAAACUAUGGAGGUUUCGCUGCUGGGAUAGCCGUUAUACACAUUUGAAGAUCAUACCGGCAACGCCGAGACGAGGGUCAUUUAACACUCUUUGUUCAGUAGGACUGCAAUAGAUUGACCCUCUUGGUUGAAAGUGUCGUCAUGACUCAAGGCCUCUCAGUCAAGGUGCUAAUUGGCCUUGUCAUCACCGUGCUCGUCUUAGUCGUGAUACAGAGUCUGACUACCAGCAAUGUGCACUUCAUCUCUUACUUCAAUCAGUUGGCAACGAAUAUCAGCUUCAGGCAUAGUGACUCAUCGCUCUCAAUUAUCAUUAAGACAGCAUUACAAACCCCAAUGGCGGCUAUUUCCAGAAACAUCCUGGAUCGUUAUUCCGAAUAUCGUCAGAUACAGCGGGUUGCUGAUUUUAAAGAACUUUAUGAUCCUCGGUUUUGUGUGGUAGAGCUAGAUGUUGACAGGAAUACAAAGACUAUCACAGCAGGUACAGAACUCAGAGUGAGAAUACACCUCUAUAAUGGUAACAACAAGUCCCUGACACAAGGAGGCGACUUGCUCAACAUUUGGCUGAAAAAUGCGGACGGAAGUUCGUCUGUGGCUGGUUACGUGGUUGACAAUAUGAAUGGAACCUACACAGGUCACGUGAUGGCGUUUUGGGCGGGAAAUGUAUCGGUGAAAGUGUCUGUCACCAACACGAAGGAGGGUAUCGGUUUAUUUACAAAUUACGUGAACGUAUAUGGUUCUUAUAAAUUCAUAAACGCAACAUUUGUUGAGAACGCGAAAAGCGAGAUGACUCAAUGUGCAUCAAAAACAUCUGGUUGGCUGAACAAAACAUAUGGAGGAUUCUGUAAUUUAACACAUGAAAAUUACAACAUCUCUUUAUUUUGUGGGAAGCCUAAAUCUGUUCCGUGUGAAAAAUGGGUAAAGUAUGGCUGGGACGAUUCUUUGUACUACGAUAACUUCACAAGGAAAAUACUCAGAUAUAAGGAUGUGAUGCUGAAGCAGACCCACGUGACUAUUGUUCCAAGCUCCAAAGGAGAUCUGGACUAUCCGGUGCCUUCUACUCACUGCAAUGUAUUGCCUCGCGCCUUAACAUGGAACAGUACUGUACCGUCAGGCUUUCUCUACAGGGGAGUGUAUCACAACCUUAUCUGCCAGCCCACAGUUGACCUAAGUAAGGAGAAGUAUCUGGCGUGUCUCAAAGAUAGACCUGUCAUUUCGAUUGGUGAUUCAACAACGAGGCAGUGGUUCAUCCGUCUUGCGACUUUCUUAAAUAUCAAGGAUUCGGCACAUAUUUCAGGUCAUGCAUGGCAAAAGUUCGCCCGUGCGUAUAACACCAAAUUGGGAUUGGACACUGAAUGGCAGCCGCACGAGCUUCCCUUCCACGGGACACCAGGGUCAGAUCGGAAAAACGUUAAAUCUGUAGCCCAUAGACUGGACAAAAUCCCGGGGAACAGCUCUGCCAUUGUAAUCAUCCACUGGUAUGGGCACAUCGCUAGGUGCUGUGAUCACGUAGAUUUACGGGACCACGUGCGACAUGCAAAGGCUGCCGUUGUGAGGCUUCUGACGAGGUCCCCUGAUGUUCAAGUUUUCAUUAAAGGUCCUCACCUCAUAACUUAUUUCAAUGCAAACAAGCCAUAUGCCUACAUUGGAAUGUUCGUGGAACAGGUUUUACUGGAAGAGUUCAAUGAUUUACUACACAAAGUAGUUUACCUUGACCAGUGGGACAUGUCAGUGGCAAACGAAAACGUCAAUAUUCAUCCAAUUCCACUGUUGGACGAUAUAUCACUGAACAAUCUUAUCAAUUUUGCAUGUAAAGCAAGUUAAAGCUUGUUGUCAAUAUAGGCUUUCAUGGUUAAGUGUGUAAUUGAAUAUAGAAACCCCGAUAGAACCUUACUCAUCAAUUUUCUAUUAUAAAAUACAACUAUCUUUUUAUCAAAAUAAUACGAAUAUAAUACUCAUUUUGUGAAAUAAGCAUUUGUGCUUAGAAGUUUGUCCUUCUAUAGAGUAACAAGCAAUAAGUUCAUCAAUUUUCUUGAUGUAUGCAGAUGAUAUGGUGCUAUUGGCCGACACUGCUGAGGGUUUCAGAAAUAUUUGAUACGUUAAUAAGACUAAGUGCCUUGUAGUAAUCACGAUGACCGUCUGUCUGUCCGUCAACACUUUAAAUUCUCGCGAUAAUCUCGGAAUCCAGAAGAGUAAUCUUUGUGGAAUUUGACAUGGUGAUACAGAGUGAAAAGUAGAUGUGCAAUACUAUUUGGCAACUUUUUGCUGUUUUGUUAACGUUCCACUCCCUAUACGAUCAUCGACAACAGUUCACUUAAAGCAAAGAACAUUUUAAUUCUCCAUAUUUUCGAAAUAUUUCAAUUUAAACGUGUCGUUUUUAGUCAAACAUCAAAAGCUGCAUUACCAAUGCUACCAACUCAUCACUGUUUUUAUGUAAGGAUUUUGUGUUGAUUUAGUUGUUUGUUUUGUAGAUUUUCCUACGAAUGCACAUGGAAUAUGUACAUUUACAUGUAUGAACCAUACUUUCAAAAUCUCAUAACUUUUGCAAGCAUGUCGCAAAAUCAUAUGGAGUAGACAAACUCUCGUUCAACUAGCAUUUGUUUUAUCAUCCAAGGUUUACCUAAAUGCCAUUCAAUACCAUUUCACAUAAAACGAGAGUGGGCUCAUUCUGUGACAUUGCCAGUAGAUAUAGAAAUGGGUAUAUUAUAUCUAGCUAUAUAACGAGGGUUUGUUAACCCUGUGUAUAAUGAUGUGAAAUGUUUUUCUUUUUCCCAACCUUACAUUUUUUUUAAUCACUUUUAUUCACAAUUAACACAAUUGACACAAUACACAUAAACUCACACAUUAACAUUCAUGUACAUACUUUCUGGUGUGUUGCUGUUCAAGAAUGAACCUUUAUGUAUUACAUAUAAAUCGUCUGCUAUAAAUAGUACUGUUGUUAUUUCUUCAUUUUCUCGAUUAGAUUUGAUGCUCUCUGACCACCAGGGAUUGAUUUUUUAAUUUUGAACAUUUACCAUCCAGAACAAUGUUUUGUCGAACAUCCCAUAUAUCACUGAUCUUGAUUAUAUCACUUUCUGCCCAGUUUCUAAAAAAUAAUAGGUUUUUCUUAAACAAUAACUUAUGGUUACUAAUUAAACCUUGGUUUAAAAUUAUUUUUUGGAAAUAUUGUUGUACAUUCUUAGUAAUGUUUGCCAGUGUACUAGUGCCUCCUCAUAUAUUGAUGGCAUUUUUAGGGUUAGACUUUUUGUACUACUGCAUUUACAUAAAAAAUAGUUAGUGAAGAAUUUCAUGUCAACACUUUGUAGUUCAAUAUUUUCCCAAAAUAUUCCAUGUAUCAAUUUCACUAUGUAUACUUCUGUAUUUAAGUUUUAUUCUGCUAAUUUUUAUGAUUGUGUCUAUAUCAAUCAUUGACAACCCCCAUUUUGCUCAUU